AGUCGGGAGUGUGCGACUCUCGCGACUCUGCGCCAGUACGAGGAUACUCGAGGAGUGUUUGCGUGGCCCCCCGAGGGAGAUAAUACACCGUGAGAUUUUCCAGUGUGUGUGUGCUACAGUGAGAGAGGAUUUACCUGUGGUUGUACUUGGAGUACUUGCACCUGCGAUCGACGACGCGCGGUCUCUCCCUCGCGUCUCGCGCGAUCUCGCGACGGAUAAUGUGGAGGUACGAGACGGUGCGCUUGAAAAGUGUAACGGUCGCGAGCCCGCUGGUCUAGCCGCGCCGUCGCGGAAUUACUCGUUGUUUUUUUUUUCGCACGCUCCGCGCAUUCCUCUCUCGACUUGCACCGAGGGAAAACUCGCUGGAUUCGAACAUGCGAAGCGCCGCCGUCGCGUGCAAUCGCUGACCGGAUCGUGUGAUCGACGGCGAGCCGACGGGUAGCCUCGCUGCGCCGAGAAGGCAUCGCCGUCUCGCGCGUUCGUUGGCGACGGGCCACGCUACGGAUCGCGACAGUAUCGCGCGUCGCCGUUUCCGAGGAGAGCAUCCCGGAGAGAAAAGAGAGAGCGAGAACUGAACCAAUGAACCACCUGGCGAGCCGUAGCGCUCCCGACGAGAGAAACACGGGCUGGCCCCAUGGGACCGGCGCUAUUUCGGACACCAUCGACAACGACGGCGCGCCGAGAGACGCGGAUCGAGUCUGAUCGUUCCGAUCUUGAGAGACGCGAGGGUCGCGACUUCAUCAAAUAGAUAUCGGACCCCCCCCCCCUCGAGGGCCGAGGAUCGUUGAGGCUCGUCUCUCACUCCGGAUUCUCCGGGACUCGCCAGGGGCCCCCGCGAUGACGGCGUGAAGCGACCGACGGCGGGAAUCGCGGCCGAAAAAGGUGCGUGGGACAAGGGAGGAUCAACGUCGCCGGGAUUAAGGGAUAGCGAGAGGAGGCGCUGGUGGUGGAGAGGAGGAAUACCGGGCACAGUGUGGAGUGUGGAUGUGGUGGAGGUGCGACGGAAGUGGUGGAAGAAGUAGGUGGUUGUGGACGACUGCAACGAGGUCGCGGGCGAAAGUGCAACGGGUGCUGUUGUGCCUCGCGGCGGCUCGCGGUUGGUGCCGGUGGUGGUCGUUGGCCGAGUACGGGCGCCUGAACGACGGUGCCAGCCCGUCGUCGUCCACCGUCGUUGUUACCAUGGUUUCCACGUCCUUCGUUACCCUGGUGUUCUUCGUCUGCCUGCAAACGGUGCUACUGUCGACUGUGAGCAACUGCGCCAAGACGAUCAGCAUGUACUGGAACACCACGAAUUCCAUAUUUCGAAUAGACAACACAGAUCACAUAAUUGACGUGAACAAAAACAACGCAAUGUUCGAGUACGAUCAAGUCAAUAUAAUAUGUCCUGUAUAUCCGCCGGACUCGUACGUCGAUGAUGAUGCUGAGAAGUACAUCAUCUACAACGUGUCCAAGGAGGAGUACGAGACAUGUCGGAUAACGAACCCGAGUCCGCGGGUAAUAGCGGUGUGCGACAAGCCGCGCAAAACGAUGUACUUCACCAUCACGUUUAGGCCGUUCACGCCGCAACCCGGGGGCCUCGAGUUCCUCCCGGGCCACGAUUACUACUUCAUCAGCACCUCGUCCAAGGACGACCUCCACAGGCGCAUCGGCGGACGGUGCACCAGCCACAACAUGAAGGUCGUCUUCAAGGUCUGCUGCGGCAACGAGGCCGAGACCUCCUCCUCGGCGACAUCGCGUAACAACUCCGUAGCCGUGACCAGCAGCACCGUGCCCAGCAGCAGCUCGACGAGCACCGCGGUUUUGGGCGGCGGAGCCGCUGGCGUGCCGCCCCCGCCGCCGCCGCCGAUCGUCUACAGGGGCGGAGAUCGAUUCUACCCGGGGGGCAGCAUGCAUCAUCAUCACGAUCAUCAUCAGACGGGCACGGCGGCGCCGACCCUGCCCCAUGUGCCCCCGCCGGCCGUCUACCCCGUUCAUCCGCAUCAGCCGCAGCAGCCGAUUCACAAUGGACCGCCGUCCUCGAUCACGCCGCCCAAGACCUCGACCGGUCAGAAGAAGAAGAACAAAGAGUAUUCGGAUCAUCCGAACGAGGUGGUGAAGAACGAGGAGCUGACGUACAACGGCGCAAGCUCGUACGCUCGUACGCACGCUCGGUACGCGCAGAGCCUGAUCCUGGCGACGUGCAGCCUGCUGAUGAGCGCGUUGCUGCAGCAACUGCUGCGGUGAAGCGACAGCACCGGCCACGUACGAGAACGUCGUAUAUCCCAUGCGUCGAAACCCCUUCUUCUGUGAUUAUCCUACGUUUAAUUGAUUUCUUGAGAGGCGUGCGAGACACACACGCGCGUACCUCGGCCGUCCCUCGAUCGUAGUGAGAGACACGCACGAUCCAUGGUCGCGCCGACUCGAGAGAUAGCAGAGAAGAGAGAAAAGACGGAGAGUACGAGAGACAGAGAGAGAAAAAAAAGACGAAGAUGAAGAGCGAGGAAAGGAGAGACACGUCGAGAAAAGAGACACGCACGACACACGAGCGGCAACGCCAUAUUAACUACAAUUAAGGAAUUAGCGGGGUUCUAGGGUGGAACACUGUAGAGAAGGACGAAGACGAGGAAGCCGAGAGUAGGACGGGAAGUAGCAGAGAAAGCGGAGAAGAAAAAGCGGGAAGAGAAGCGCUACUACUAGACACUACUUAUAGUACACGCCCACUAUUAUCACUACUAUAAAUGGUAGUCGUAUUGGUUGUCCUUCUUAUCAUUACGCUAACUGUAGGUAUUUAUUCGAAUAUGAGAAAGAGAGAAAGAUGUAAGCGAGAGUCGUGGCAGCGUGCUAAGUAUCCUCAACCGAGAGCGAGAAGUGUACGCGAGAGAAGGACGCGUCUGUUAUAUAUUAGUAGCAGGGCUGUUGUAUGUACGCGAAUAAUGUCAGAUCGCACGUCUUUGAUUCGAGCGAAUCUUCGAUUCCACGGAAAAAACUGCCGCGUGAACUCGGCAAUCGACGACGAACGGUCCUUCGUUAAGGGGUCCUCGCUCGGGGCCGGCAAGGAAAAUAGUUUGUCCUGAGCGCGAUUACGCGAGCGCGCCGUGCCUCGAGAAUAGAGUACCUGAAAAUCCUUGAACGUUUUCGGUUCGCGGCCAAGACGGGGGCGUACGAUCGCGAUCCUCAUCGCGAGCGGCUUUCGUAGAGAUACUUGAACUCGAAGUCGUCGACACGACGCGCCGUAGUUCUUCGAUGAUUGGACGAUCUGUAUCGGACAAAAGAUCGAAAAAUUAGGAGGAAUCGUCUGGGAUUAAUCGUCUUUCGCGCGGCAUUUAAAUUCGAGCCGAUCGCCGCGGCCGCCCGGCCAAAUCGCAGGACGCCGAGGACGAAGGAUCAUUCGAGUUCGCAUGCGAGAUCGCGAGUAGGAUAGUUAGCACGCGUGUAAAUAAAUUCCUAAUGAAUAUGUACAAGUGGCUCUUGUGGCCGCCUGGGUAACAGGGGGCCGGGGAGAUUUAAGAAAGAGUGCCGUAUUUCUAGGUAAAUCUUAUAAUAUGAAACGAGAAAGAGAGAAAGAGAGAGAGCAUGGAUCAGACAGAAAGUGUGAGUGCGUAUGUGCAUUAUGCAACUAUGAUAUGAGCACCGUGUUGCUCAUCGAACAAAUCGACACAAGCCACGAACUUAUGCGAAUUUCUGCUACACUACAACAGGUCUAAUUGCAUCGUUGUCACGAGUCAAGGAUAGCGUAUAGUAUCGUUGAUUCGAGCCGUUGGGUAAGAAAAGUAGCGUAGAGAAAAAAAUCGAGCGAGCGAAUAGAGAAUAUUGUGCGAGAGAGACUGAGUCGCGAAUCGAGUAAAAGACAGAUUUGUAUAAUAGCUGUACCAUACUGAGACUUCUAUCUAUAGAUCUGUAUUAUAUUUAUUAUCCGCUAUCAUUACGCUAACGAAUAUUCUACACUCGAUAUUCUAUAUUUGCUAGUGAAAUAUCAAAUUUAAUAGCGAACAAAUUAACGUAUUGUCGGCGCCCGGGGGUGAAGCGGCGAUCGCGGCACGAACGAGCCCCCGGAGCCAACCACUCCCCUCCUACCCCGUCGUUUGUUGUUUUCCUUCGUUCUUGAUUUCGUUCAGAGUAUCAUACACGAAUCAUGUUUCUAUUCACACUAUACACAAUGUCUAAUCAGUUCAAUCAUGUUUCCGAUUUAUAUUGAUUCCCCCUUUUCUACGUUUCCUUUUUUUUUAUUAUUCUAUUUAUUAUUCACAUUACCAGGGAAAAAGACUUGCGCGUGUACACGUAUCGUGCGUACACACUCGUGGAUUCACCUUUCGCGUGUCGCGCACGCAUGCGUGCGUGAACGCGGUAUGCAAAGGACGAAAGACGAAGCAGUGAGUAAUUUUCCGUUCGUGUCCACAAAAAAAAUACAAUUGCGAGCGCGACUGCACUAACGAAUUAUUGUAAAUACGAAUUUACGCAGGAAAUGAGUACCGUAGCGAGACGAGAGGAUGUAUGAUUGUGUGCGUGCGUGUGUGCAUGUAUGAGAGAGUGAAAAAAAAAAGAUCCCUUAUUCACAGAAUCUUAAGUAGCGAAAUGAGAAACUUUACGCGUUGAAGACUACUCGACACGGGCCGAUUCGCUUUCGGAAGUUCAUUCAUAGUUCAUCGUCCUCAUUCGCGUCUACGAUCGCGAGAGCAGCGAAUAUCGCGAUUAGUCGAGAACAACAAAUUCGCGAAUAAACGAAAGUUCAGCAGCGGUAUUGUAAGCCCGAGCGUCACGCGCCAUCCAUCAUUUGGUUUGUAUUUUCACUUCUGUUUUGUUGCCGCAAUUAGCGACGAGCGAGCUGGUCGACGCAAUCUUUCAUGUUCCCGAUCGAUUGUCGAUUCGAAACUCACAUGACUGCUUUAGGUAAGCGACGUUAAGUAAGAUGUAUUCGCGGACAAUCAUUAUUGUACUUGGAAUUUUGUUAGACUAAUGACUUGUUUAUGUUACGAACAUUCAUCCUUGAUCUUCCUGAUUGAAAUGUGCCGAUGCAAUUAUCGUAUUCACAAUCGUAUCCAUCCCUCAAGCAUACGUUUUAUUAAUAAUAGAUAUAUGUCAAUUGUUGCAUCUCGAUGGUCCUUUAGAUGUUCAUUUAAGCUAUGGAUACUUGUGAAUACCAACGAUGCUCCUCGGUAUUUUUCAACCAGGGUCACUGUACCGUAGGUGCACGUAACGUUUUUACGGAACCUCGGAUUUCACCUUUGGACGCGCUCGCUCGUUGCACCACAAUUGCAUUGUUGGGAAUCGCGAAAGUGUCACGAGACCGCCGAUCGCGAGUCGAAUUUAGUUCUAAGCGACGGCGAAAUAUAUAUAUAUAUAUCUAACGGGAAUAUAACGCCGCUCGAUCGCACGCGAAGGGCGAAAGGGUACGUGGAUUCACGAGCGCACGCUGGGUACUCAUUCGCGCGAACGAUAUAAGUGAAUACGUUAUAACAGUAAUAUAGACUCGAAUUAUUCGAUAUAGAAAAUAGACAAGGUCGCUCACUGCAAACUCA